AUGUUUGACCAAUAAUUUGUGGAACAUCGUAAGUCAAAGUAGGAGCAAGUAGUAAAUACGAAAUCUCGACAUUUGAUUGUGAUGAAUUAAUUAAAGAAGAAAGAAGAAAAUUGGAAUAAUAGAUUUUAUGUUUAAAAUUAAAAUAAAAAUGAAUCCGUGGAAAAAUAGAAACCCAAGUAUUUCAAUAAUGCAGCAAAAUUAAUCGAAGUUCAAGAUUAUUACAAUAUCCCUGAGUUUCAUAGAUAGUUGUUUUUGAUGUGUCUGCAAACACUACCAAAAAACACUCAAGCAAUUCAAUUCGAAAUAGAAGAAAUGCAACAAAAGAAAUCUCAUAUAUAAGUAUUAGAAUACCUAAUAAAUAAGCUAUGCAUGCAAGCUGUGGAAGCAAGAGAAAAGUGUUUAGCAUUUCUGAUUAAUCACAUCCAAUAAUUCUAGGAUUGUCCUGGAGAUGAACAACUAUUGCAAAAAAGUGCUGAAUUAAUAACACAUUUAAGGAUUCUCUCAAUCAAUGUAGUAGAACAAAUCCUUGGUUGGAGACAAUACCUAAUGAAAUUCUUGGUCAAUAUCCAUUCCCAUGAGAGCAUCUCGCUUCCAUAUCUAUAUCAAAGAGAAAACUAUUUGAUCAAGAUGAGAAAGGACAUUUCAUACAUCACAAACUCAAUUCUAUCUAACUAUUAUCAAUUUUCAGUUAAACCUGAUCCCUUCUUUGUUGCCAUUACAAAACCAGCCGAAGAUUCAAGUAAGAUUGUCCAAUUCAUAUCCAAACCUCUCUUAAAAAGAAUAAAAAAUUGUGAAGUAAUAAUAUAAGAAGAGACUUCAUCAAUUGCUAAGGAUGAUAAAUCAAUAUACAAUCAAGCAAACUCCAGAGAUCAAAUUAAAAUGAGUCCAGAAAAACCAAUCCAACCAGGACGAAUAAGACCUCCUAAAAGAUAGGAAUAAAGUUAAAAUCAAAAAAGAAUAAUAUAUAAAUAACAUGAUCAAAAUGAAAUCAUUAGCACUAUUCCAAAAGUUGUUAUAGCAAGAUAGCCAAAUAAGUAAGGAAGUGCUACACCUUAGAAAUAAAACUCAAUUAAAGUGACAACCAAUAAUGAUUCCAAUAACAAGUAACAUGCAUAAGUAAGUCUUCCAUUAUCUGAACAAAAACAUUAAAAUUCUCUUCAUACAGCUGGACCUAUUGCUGAUCAAUAAAAUGGAAUUCCAGAAGAGGAUGAUACAUUGAAAGUAAAAAAAUGCAAAUUGACUGAUGAAAAAGUUAUAGAUCAUUUAAAUAAUAUUAAUGAGGAUUUCAAAAAGUCAUGGAGAGGAGAAAUUCAACUGAUGCAAAAUCAAUAUAAUCAAUAAGAUGAUAGCUUCUUUGAUGGCUUUGGGAUAGUGUUAUCUAGAUCAGUCUUUAUAAGAAAGAAGAAUAGUGUUAAGUCACUUUUCAACGGUAGAUCCCCAAUAAUUUCAGGAGUUGCUUAAAGUUAUUAUCUAAUUUAUUUGGGAAAUUGA